GCGCCGCCCGCCCGGCCGAGGGGAGGAGGCGGCAGGAGGAGGAGCGGCGGCGCGGGCCGCAGCGAGCUGGCUGGGUUCGCAGCGGCUGCCCCUGAAGAUGGCGGCGGCGGAGGCGGCCGCUGCUCCGGGCAGCGGGGGCUGCUCGCCGGCGGGCGGCGGCUCGGUGCCCGUCCUGUUCUGCUUCUCCGUCUUCGCGCGGCCCUCCAGCGUGCCCCACGGCGCCGGCUACGAGCUGCUGAUCCAGAAGUUCCUCAGCCUCUACGGGGACCAAAUAGACAUGCACCGCAAGUUCGUGGUACAGCUCUUCGCCGAGGAGUGGAGCCAGUACAUAGACCUGCCCAAGGGCUUCGUGGUCAGCGAGCGCUGCAAGGUGCGCCUGGUGCCACUGCAGAUACAGAUGACUACUUUGGGCAACCUGACACCCUCAAGCACUGUGUUUUUCUGUUGUGAUAUGCAAGAGCGAUUCCGGCCUGCCAUCAAGUACUUUGGUGAUAUCAUCAGUGUGGGCCAACGACUGCUCCAAGGUGCACGACUCUUAGGAAUCCCAGUUAUUGUAACUGAACAGUAUCCCAAAGGUCUUGGCAGCACUGUGCAAGAAAUUGAUUUAACAGGAGCUAAACUUGUGCUUCCGAAAACAAAAUUUUCAAUGGUGUUGCCAGAAGUCGAAGCAGCAUUAGCAGAGAUCCCUGGAGUCCGCAGCGUUGUCCUGUUUGGAGUAGAAACUCAUGUCUGCAUCCAGCAAACAGCAUUGGAAUUAAUUGGCAGAGGUCUGGAAGUUCAUAUUGUAGCUGAUGCCACCUCAUCAAGAAGUAUGAUGGACAGAAUGUUUGCGCUUGAGCGUCUUGCUCGUACUGGAAUUAUAGUUACUACUAGUGAAGCUAUAUUGCUGCAGCUGGUAGCUGAUAAAGAACAUCCAAAAUUCAAAGAAAUCCAAAAUCUCAUUAAAGCAAGUGCCCCUGAGUCAGGGCUUCUUUCCAAAGUUUAAAGAGGAUGUGGAGGAAGCAGACCACUGUCAUCUUUAAGGAGGAAGAAAAGCUAUAAGCGUACACCUUUCACUCAAAGUUUGGUAGAAAAGUAAAAUUAAAAUUUGAAAUAUUCGUGCUUGCCUUAGCUAAAUUGUCUGAUUGUACGUCUGGGUGCCAGUAUGUUCUGUUUAGUUAAAACUGUCAGAGACUUUGGAUACUGUAGGACUUUUUUGUGUUCAAAUUUCUGUACUUAUUUAAAAACCAAAACAGAGAUGCCUGCUGGUCUAUACUAUACACUAAUUGUAACAGCUCCAAAAGUGCAUAUUUCUGUGACACCUCUUGAUUGUGUUUCAUAAAAGCAUUCUGUGAUGUUCUGUUUUACUUUUGUAUUAAUAGGGGAUAUUUACAUAUUGCAUAAAUGUGGUGUGAUACCCUUCAAUGUUCUAUGUAAAUGAAGUAUUUUAAUAGGGUGUAAGUUAAAACCAAGUGAGGUAUUUGGACUACAUGUGCGCUUUUUUCUCUAGGACAAAAUCUAAGUGCUAUGCUUCAUAGACAAGACGCAUAGAUCAGGCGGCAGCUAAUGUUUGAUUGCUCUAGGUCACUGAAGCCUUCAUUGUGACUUUUGAUUAUUGUGAAAUUGAUUGUCCAACCCUGUACUUUGCUUAAGGCUACACAAACAGAAAACUGGCAUUUAAUGAGGUAUGAACAACUGGUGUAAAGUCCUUCAAAACUAGCAGAAGAUUACCAAAAUAAAUUUGCAAUGCUAAGAAUGUUAAAGAACAAAGCUUUUCAACUUCGAGUGCUGAAUCUACUACUAUAUUUAGAUUCCACCCCCCCCUCCCAUUUUGGUUAGAUAGAAUAAUUCCAUCUAAUUUACUCAUUUGGCCAAAUGGUCUUUGAAAGAUAUCUCAGCUUUUCUAGGUUUUUGCUCUUUGUUGUGGGCUGCAGUUGGGUGGAGUUUGAAUGGAAUCUGACCUAAAAGCAUUCUUCAGAAAAAGAGCAUCUUUAACUUAAUGAUAGAUAUAUGUAUUUUCUAUCUAGAAGCAAUCUUUUAACACAUGAUUUCAUAAAGGCACUUUCUUCAUUUUCCAGUGGUUUAAACAAUGUUGUGUAAAGUUUACAGUGUGACUGAAACAUUUAUUUUUUUAAAAGAGUACUAGAUGUCAUACUGAACACUGAUCUUUUCGGUAGAAAACCAAUUAUACUACAUGCAUUGUUUUAAAUUGCCUAGUUUCCCCACAAGAUGGCUCUAAAAGAAUUGUUUCGUAGAGUUAUAACCUUUAUAUGUUCAAAACAAAUAAAACAUUGACAUUCUC